UCUCCAUCCUCAAACACUUCUACUUUUUUAACUCUAAAGCUAAGAAAGCAAGCCACUAGGGUUUUAAGAGAAGACCAAAAUGGCUUCAAAAAGAUCAGCUUCCAUGGCCCUCUUUUUAGCACUCAACAUUCUUUUCUUUUCCCUAGUCAGUGCUACUUGUCGAUCUUGCUCUUCUUCCGGCUCUAAUCCCACCCCCACCCCCACUCCAUCUGCACGAGGUAGGUGCCCCAGGGAUGCUCUUAAAUUAGGUGUAUGUGCCAAUGUGCUUAGCUUAGUCAAUGUCACUGUUGGUUCACCCCCAGUGAUGCCAUGUUGUUCCCUUCUCAAUGGUCUCGUUGACCUUGAAGCUGCCGCUUGCCUUUGCACCGCUAUCAGAGCAAACGUCUUAGGCCUCAACCUUAAUAUCCCAGUUUCCCUUAGCUUGCUUCUCAACGUUUGCUCAAGGAAUGUUCCUACUGGCUUCCAAUGCUAAUUUAAGUCAUCACUCCCCCUACAUUCUUUUUCAUCUUUCUAUUUGUGUUUGGUUUUUGAAAGUUAUGGUUUUCCCUUAUUUGCAUUAAAUCAAUGUCUUUAUUUGUAUUUUUUUGUUGUUUUAAUUUUCUUGUGGAAGAUUGAUAUUGAAUAUGUCCAAUACGUUUCUUCAAGUGUUUUCCUUUGGGGGAUGGGGUGUAUUGUACCUCCAAGGUACAUGAAAAGUCUUGUAUUAUUCAACUUGUUUUAUCGUAUGUAGUUAUGGUAAUAAAUUUUAUAUUUUUCUUA